GGAGGCAGUUCGGGUCCGUUGGUGAAAACAAUACUGUCCAAAGGAUUCAGGGAUGCUCCGCCUCGCUUCCCGCUCUUCCUCUUUUAUGUGCAGAAUCGUUCAAUUCUCUUCCAUUUUCCAUGUUUCAAUUCCAACAAUCCUUCUCUUUCUCUCACCCUUCUUUCGGAUCAUCCUUUGGAUUUUGUACAAUUUUCUCGUUUCCCCAAAUUCCCAUUCCAAUCUUGUUUUUCCGCGUUUUCUUUCAGACCCAUUUCGAGAUUUUUGCUGUAAUCGAGCUAGAUUUUCACCUCUGUAAUGGAUGAUCAGUUUGAAGAUGAUGAACGGGAGGCAUUGGCGGUGUUGAGCCCUGUUCCUCCUCCUCGGAAAUCUCAUUCUUACAGCCAGCCGCUUCGAGCUGGAUCCGAUCAGAAGCAUCAUCAGCUUCGGAAGCACAGUUUUGAUGAGGAUCAGAUUCCGAAGCCUAUGGACUCGUAUUUGGAUUCUUCUGAUGAUGAUUUUAUGCCCUAUUCGAUGUCGUCGGCUAUUGAAAGUGAGGAGUUUCUCUCCCAGAGGUUGGAUCAGAAUCUCUGUAUGGACGGCGGCGGAGGUCUCGAGGAUUCGCGGCAACCUCAGGCAUUGGCGGAGUUCGUUGGGAGCGGUGGCUCGACGGGGGUUUUUAAGGUUCCGAUUCGUGCCUCUGUUCAUCCUGGCCGCCCGACGUGCCUGGAGUUGAGGCCGCAUCCAUUGAGGGAGACACAGAUGGGGAAAUUUUUGAGGAACAUUGCGUGUACAGAGACUCAGCUGUGGGCUGGGCAGGAAUGUGGGGUGCGGUUUUGGAACGUUGAGAAUGCUUAUGAACCUGGUAGUGGAUUGGGUGGGAGGGUGAGGAGGGGCGAUGAGGAUGCUGCCCCUUUUUAUGAAUCCACCAACACCUCGCCCACCAUGUGUUUGAUUAUUGACAAUGGGAACAGAUUGGUGUGGACUGGGCAUAAGGAUGGGAAGAUCAGAUCAUGGAAGAUGGAUCAGUCUUUGGAUGAUAUGCCUUUCAAGGAAGGGCUUUCAUGGCAAGCUCAUCGGGGUGCUGUUCAUUCCAUGACCCUAACUUCUUAUGGUGACUUGUGGUCGGGUGGUGAGGGCGGUAUUAUUAAGGUCUGGCCUUGGGAAGCAAUUGAAAAAUCUCUUUGCCUUUCGUCCGGGGAAAGGCAUAUGGCUGCUUUACUCGUGGAGAGGUCGUAUAUUGACCUCAGGAGUCAAGUAACAGUCAAUGGUGUCUGUAGUAUAUCUUCUCAAGAUGUUAAGUGCGUGUUAUCUGAUGAAGUUAGAGCCAAAGUUUGGUGUGCUGGGGCUCUAUCAUUCUCACUGUGGGAUGCUCAAACAAAGGAGCUUGUAAAAGUUUUUAAUAUAGAUGGUCAGACUGAGACUCGAGUUGAUAUGCUACAAGCCCCUCAAGAUCAAUCAGUGGAAGAUGAAAUGAAAGUAAAAUUUGUAUCCACAGCCAAAAAAGAAAAAUCACAGGGCUUUCUCCAAAGGUCACGCAAUGCCAUAAUGGGAGCUGCAGAUGCUGUUCGUCGGGUUGCAAAGGGAGCAGGGGCAUUUACAGAAGAUAUCAAGAGAGUCGAGGCAAUAUUGCUGGCCAAGGAUGGGAUGAUUUGGAGUGGAUGUACAAAUGGCAUGUUAGUGCAGUGGGAUGGAAAUGGAAACCGGUUGCAAGAUUUUAACCAUCACCCUUAUGCUGUUCAGUGCUUUUGUGCUUUCGGGACACGGAUGUAUGUGGGUUAUGUGAGCGGAGUUAUCCAAAUAGUGGAUCUUGAGGGGAACCUAGUUGCAGGAUGGGUUGCUCAUAGUAGUCCUGUGCUGAAAAUGGCUGUGGGUGCAGGAUAUGUUUUUAGCUUGGCUAGUCAUGGUGGAAUUCGUGGCUGGAACAUGACUUCUCCAGGACCUAUUGAUAACAUAGUACGGACCGAACUGGCUGCCAGAGAGGCGUCAUACACAAGAAAACAGAAUAUCAAAAUGCUGGUUGGCACAUGGAAUGUUGGACAAGGAAGAGCUUCUCAUGAAGCAUUGAUGGCGUGGUUGGGUUCGACUGUCUCGGAUGUUGGCAUUGUUGUUGUUGGAUUGCAGGAAGUAGAGAUGGGUGCAGGUUUCCUUGCCAUGUCUGCAGCAAAAGAAACAGUAGGACUUGAAGGCAGUGCAGUAGGACAAUGGUGGAUCGAUACCAUUGGAAAGGCCUUGGAGGAAGGGACGAUUUUUGAACGCAUGGGUUCCAGGCAGCUGGCUAGCUUGCUUAUUUCUCUUUGGGUGAGGAAAAGUGUUAGAAUGAAUGUUGGAGAUGUUGAUGCUGGAGCCGUUCCUUGUGGUUUUGGUCGUGCAAUCGGUAAUAAGGGAGGUGUAGGUUUGAGAAUCCGAGUCUAUGAUAGGAUAAUAUGCUUUGUGAACUGUCACUUGGCUGCACACUUGGAAGCAGUAAACCGUCGUAAUGCCGAUUUUGAUCACAUCUUUCGAAACAUGGUCUUCAACCGAUCAUCUAACCUUCUAAAUAAUGCAGCUGGUAUGGUGCCAUACCUGUUUUUGUCUUGCUCUCUUGCCUUCUCCACAUACUUAUUUUGGCUGCUUUACUUUUCUGGCUUGCCGUUCGCCCUCUCUAUUGCAGCUGGUGUCUCGACUGCUGUUCAUACGCUUCGAGCUACAAAUGUUGCUGCUGUCAAUCCUGAAGAACCAAAACCCGAGUUAUCUGAUGCAGACAUGGUUGUAUUUCUGGGUGAUUUUAAUUACCGGCUCUUUGGCAUUUCGUACGAUGAAGCCCGGGACUUCGUUUCCCAGAGAUGCUUUGAUUGGCUUAGAGAAAAGGAUCAGCUUAGGGCUGAGAUGAAAGCUGGAAGAGUUUUCCAAGGCAUGCGUGAGGCACUCAUUAGAUUUCCUCCAACAUACAAGUUUGAAAGGCAUCGACCAGGCCUAGCAGGAUACGAUUCUGGCGAGAAGAAACGUAUUCCUGCCUGGUGCGACCGAGUAAUAUAUCGUGACAAUCGUUCAUCUCCCAUGUCAGAAAGCACUUUAGAAUGCCCUGUAGUAUCAUCUAUUUUAUUGUACGAGGCCUGCAUGGAAGUGACCGACAGCGAUCACAAACCCGUUAGAUGUAAAUUUAACCUUCAGAUUUCCCAUGCUGAUAGGUCAGUGAGGAGAAAAGAGUUCGGAGAUAUUAUAAAAUCUAACGAGAAAGUGAGAUCUAUUUUCGAAGAGUUAUUAUACGUUCCCGAAACCAUUGUCAGCACCAACAGUAUAGUUCUACAAAAUCAGGAGUCAUCUGUUCUCUGCAUAACCAAUAAAUGCGUGAAAGAUGUGGCUACUUUCAAAAUUAUCUCAGAGGGACAAUCUUCUAUCAAGGAUGAAGGUGAUCAGCGCGAUUAUCUUCCAAGAGGCGCUUUUGGCUUUCCUCGGUGGCUUGAGGUAUCACCAGCUGCCGGAAUAAUCAAACCCGAACAAGCUGUCGAGAUAUCGGUACACCAUGAAGAAUCCCAUACCCUAGAUGAGUUUGUUGAUGGCAUCCCACAAAACUGGUGGUCCGAAGACACACGAGACAAGGAAGUUAUGUUAACUGUCAUCAUACGAGGAAGUUGCUCGACCCGAUCAGUCAAUCACCAAGUCCGUGUGCGCCAUUGCUUCUCAAACAAGACGGUUCGUGUCGACCCUAAGUCCAGCAGUACUAAAAAAUCUUAAAAAAAAGAUUCUUUGAUUCACUGGCAAUUCUUUUCUGAUUUGGUCCAUAAAAUAGCUUCCUAUGCUCAGAUUGUUUUGCAAUGUUAGUUAACCUCAGUAUGCAUGUAUAUGUAAAUAGCCUGGCAACUGUUUUAGCCAUCAUAGUAGAGGUGGCUGAAGAUCAAGGUCUUCAGAUUCUUUCCAGUCCAAAGAUACUGUAAUUUGUAGAUCAUUUCUUCAAGAAUGUACAAAGAAAUUCUACAUGCAUACAACUGGUUAUCUGCUCAA